UGCUGAAGAGGACAGCGGGCAACAAAUCUCUGACUGUGAAUCAGAGUCCUUUGAUGAGAAACAAGAAGAUCUGUCUCUUCAACCUACAGAUGUGAGUGACCUCAUUCUGAUACGUUCUGUUUCCUCCACGAACUGCAUCCGACGCGCUCAUUUUCUCACGGUUCAUGUGUUGUAAUGAACACUAGAUGGCGCCACACAACCACUUAACACUCCAUAACUCCAGUGUGUUUCUAAUUAAUAGUGUUCGGUUGACUGCCAGUGCAUGCAGUUGUCUUAGAAGUAUUGCCGUAAGUGUCAGUACUUUUCCGAGAGUCCAGUGAGACACCAGAUGAUUGUCUUCUCACUGAGAUGAGCUUUACCUUCAGUUUUGGCCUUACAUGAAUGUAUACCUCUCUGCAUAAUUCAAAAUAAUACUCGUGUUAAUAUGUUUUUUAAGUCUUCACAUCAGCGUCGUUUUUACUCGGUUUCGUUAUUAUUUGAUGGUAUGUUUAGCCAACGCACCACUAGGUGGAGCUUUGCAUGUCCUGAAAGAGCCCGUCAGGCUCAAACCAGCAAAACUCCAGUUUUAGUUCAUAAUCCAAUCUGUCAAAGUUCACAAGCUGAGGCAGCAAUAAAGCCCUGACUGUGUGUGGAGGGAGAAGCUGCCUCUUAUCCACAAGCACAUGUUAAAUAAUCAGACAAUAGAUGCUUUUUAUCCUCUGAAACGCUGAUGUGUAAAGAAUUGAAUCAUUUCAAUAUCGUUAUUCAUGGGAACCAAAACACAGAAAUGCAGAAAUGCCAAAUAUUUGAUUGUUCCAGCGACUUAAAUCUUGGGAUUUACUGCAUUUUGUGUUACGUUACAGUGAUUUAAAACUCUUUUUCAAUGAUGUCAGCUUGGGCUCUGCCUCCAUUUUUCCCUGCUCACUGAAUAUGAACGGGAAUCAAAGUAAACAGCAGAUUAAUCUAUAAAGAAAACAACCCUGAGAAACACCGGGUAAUAUGAUGCAUGCGCUGUGGUUUACUGAACACACUUGUCAUGUUUCUAGUGUUAUCAUAGCAGUCCAUCUGUCGUGGGCCCUCCUGUGUGCCGAGGAGACUUUGACUCCUUCAGGAUCAGUGUUUGUUGAAGGCAGAGCCGGCAUUUACGGCAUGUACAAGGAGUGGUGAAGGUGUUAAGAGCGCACACAGCGCUUUAAUAGUUGUAGCACACGCCUACAUCAUGUAUUUGACCUGCUAGACGCGGCCACAGUACUGUGGCGAUGCGGUCUUUGUCGGUAGCGAUUUUGGGAAGCGUUCCCUGAACAGGAUGGUGAUGAUUGAAGCCGGUAAUCGAUAGAAUCGGCACAGCGUUUGUACAAUAAUGUGCCGGCCAAUUGACAAACUCAAGGUGCAGUUAAGUCACAAGUAUCUUGAGUUUUUUUGCAGGCUGUGUGUCGAGAGGAAGCAGAUUAACAUCCCCCCCACAGACCCAGCUACUUCCUCCUGUCACAGUUUAAUUUGCUGCUAUCAGCUCUCUGGGGUCAAACCAGACUUCAGAUCACCUCACUGGAGGCUUGUGGUCGAGGCCUCCUAGAAAGACAGAAAUGACAGAGCUGGAGAUCUCCGGCUACGUGUCUGACGGCGAGGACGUUGACGUCACGACGACGUCGAGCCGACCGGACUCUCCUCCCCAAACUGCCGAUGGCAGCAAGAGGUCAGUGAGCGACUGGGUCAGAUCUGCUCAGGCGAUGCUGCAGACGCCUCAGAAGCCGCAGUCGGCGAGGCAGUCCAAGACUCCAGAGGACUCCGCCAAGAAGAGAAGGAAAUUUCAAAGUGGAGGUCUCGCUGAGAGGCUGAAUCGACUCCAGUGCAGACAGCGGUCAGCCGUCAGCUUCUGGAGGCACCAGUCCAUCUCUGACACCUCAACAACAACAACAACAACAACAGUGGACAGGCCUGGCGUGCUGUUGCUGGAGGUGCUGGAGGUUCAGGAGGAGUGCAGCGUGCAACUGGCGCACUGCGAGCACCGCCCGCCUCCCGGAGAGGGCCACCAGCACAGAAAGCCUCUCUCUGAGGGACCAGCUCGUGUGCUGGUGUUGUUCAACAGAGAGACCGCGGCCCAGCUGAUCCCUGCACCCAGAGACAUCGUGCACAUAUACCCGCCAUGGCAAAGUCUUUCUAUCGAAGGCUUCCGCUGUGAUAUUAUUCUGAACACACACUUCAGCCAGAAAGUCUACUCUGCAAACAAACUAUCCAGCGUGUCGGCUCCUAGAGGCCUGCUCUCAGCCGAAAGAUGCAACCCGUGUUCUUUGUGUCAGACGUUUGGACUACUGGAGGAAUGCAGGACCACAGCGGAGAGCGAUGCCAAACAAGUUGCUGCCUCUGGCUCGCUCACUUCAGGAGUUUUAGCGAGACAUUGCGUUUCUCUCCUGGAAGCUAUCGAGGGGCUCGGCCAGGCUGGUUCUGUGGGGCAGGACGUGGAGGUGGUGGUCCAGAGAGUUUACUCCAUCCCUGUGCCUCACUGCUCUCCCGUGUCCAUCCUCAAGCCCAGACUUCCCUCAAGGUCCUCCUCAGCUCCUCCUCCUCCUCCUCCAGAAAAAGGCAAAACCAGGCUCUGUGUGCUCGUCCAGGACAGCUACGGGAUGUUCAGCGUGGUCCAGCUCCACUUCCUGCCCCGCCAGGACGACCUCCACCAGUACUGCCACAAGUGGCGGGGCAGGACCUGCCUGCUGAGAGGCAUUAAAGUGGUGCAGCGGGUCACUCGAGAAAGGAGCACCAGGCUUUUCAGCUUGAUAGACAGUCUGUGGCCCCCAGUGAUGCCUCUUAAAGAUCAUGGAAACACACCGAGUAUGUGCAGUGGAAGUAGAUCUGCAGGUGCGGCUCCGAGCUUCUGCUACCUGCUGUCUGGUCAGGAGAGCUCAGUGGAACCUGCUGAGGAGCAAACGGUGUCGCCGCUCUACCUCCCUCCCCCUAAACAAACCUUACAAGACAUACUGCAGAGUGAGCGUCAAACCUGUCGCUGCAGUUUUGUCGCCACUGUUCUGUACAAGAGAAACAUGCAGAGUAGUGAUGUAGGCCGGGGUGAGGUUUGGCUGGUGCUGACAGACCCCAGUCUUCAGGAGCCCGAGAGGCCCCGCAGGCGGACGGUGGCCCUGUGUGUCAGCACUUCCUGUGCGCUCACUUCCUGCGUCCUCAAAGCACUAAAUUCCCCCGCCGCCUGUCGCAUGUCAUUCACAGAUGCCAUCAGAGAACACGGUGUUCUCUUGUGUGUGGAGCAGUCAGUGGUUGAGAUGUGCUCCGUGGGCCCUGAUCUCACGUCCUCGUCCAGACCAGAGUCUCCUUCGCUGCCUGAGCCUCGGGCGGAGAUCCUGACCCAACCUGUGAGACUGGAUCCCCUAAGUCCUGAGAUCACACCCAACUCCGUCUGCUCUCUCUCAGGGAUGAUAGUUGGUGUGGAUGAGACCACUGCUCAUUCCUGGCCGGCCUGCAACCACUGUGGAAGUGACAACUUAGAGAUGUUCCCUGAAAGACCUUCAAACUUCCGCUGUGUUUCUUGUAAGUCGUCGGUGGACAAGCCGGACACGAGGAUCCAGCUGGACGUGUUCCUGAGUUCUUCAUUAACUAAUUGCACUUUAAAAGUGACGCUGCAGCAGAAGACGAUCACGUCGAUCCUGAACACGGCAGCGCUGGAGGGUCAGGGGGUUACGAUGUGGAGAAUGUCCUGGGAAGAGAGGUGGGCCCCCUCGCCGCUUACGUCCGAGUCGUCACCAGGAAACCGGCCCUCUGGAUCGGCCUGGAAGAGAUCUGCCUCUGAGGCUGUCAGGGAGAGAAGCUAAUGAUAUCAAUCCUCAGGCUUCAGGCGGCUCCAAGGAUCUGCACAAGAGGCCUCACUCUGAGCCAGUUCAGCCUUCUCUCUCUCACACUCCCCCUCCUCCCUUCUGAAGGCCUCCCUGACAGCUUGAGGCUGAAGGGAACAGGCUGGAAGAAGGCAAGGUCUUGUUUGUGUUAGCGAUAUGUGAUCCUGUGGACCAGGGCUUGACAGCCCAAGGGUAGACCAGUGGCAUGCAGUCUGUCAGAGCAGCCCACGCGGUUCAUCAACUUUGACUUUUGGCUGUGAACACUUUCUUUAAGUGGUUUAAAAAACUUCUUUCCCCCCCCCCCCCCCCCGAAAUCUACCUCUGUAUUUAAGAUUACUUACACUGUCAAUAAAGUUGUAUUUUUGCUGACUUUACUAUCCAUUUCCUGUUGCACUCUCACUUCUGAAAAUAUGCUCCAGUUGUUCCCUCCACAUGUAGUGUACCAAAGACUACUCAGACCAGGAGAUUUCUGCACCUUUUCAGCAAUUUUAUUAUAGAUUCCAUAAACAAAAUGUUUUCAAGGGUUUCAUACAAACUAUAUAAAAGAUCAUGCUCUGGCUCUUAUACAAAGUUUGGAAUUAUAUAACAUGUACCAUAUCAGGUAUAUCAUGUAAAUGCAGUGGUAAAAUAAUUUAAUACAGAGAAAAAUCACAAAAUAUGGCAGCAACAUCAUAUAUAUAUUUUUCCAGUGCCAUUAUGGUAAGCU